CUCGAGCCGCCAGCUCCCGCCGCACCCCCGGCCCACCUAGUGGCCCCGGCCCUGGCCGCGGCCCCCGCGGCGGUUCCCCGAGCUCAUCCCGGACGCGCGCCCGGGCGGCGGAGGCUCGGCGGCCACCGCUGCCUCGGGGGAGCGAGGGCGGGAGGGUGUGUGUGUGCGCGUGUGAGCUGGGGGUGCCGGCGGGGCUGCAGCGGAGGCACUUUGGAAGAAUGACUCUGGAGUCCAUCAUGGCGUGCUGCCUGAGCGAGGAGGCUAAGGAAGCCCGGCGGAUCAACGACGAGAUUGAGCGGCAGCUCCGCAGGGACAAGCGGGACGCCCGCCGGGAGCUCAAGCUGCUGCUGCUCGGGACAGGAGAGAGUGGCAAGAGUACGUUUAUCAAGCAGAUGAGAAUCAUCCAUGGGUCGGGCUACUCUGAUGAAGACAAAAGGGGCUUCACCAAGCUGGUGUAUCAGAACAUCUUCACGGCCAUGCAGGCUAUGAUCAGAGCCAUGGACACGCUCAAGAUCCCCUACAAGUACGAGCACAAUAAGGCUCACGCACAAUUAGUUCGAGAAGUUGAUGUGGAGAAGGUGUCUGCUUUUGAGAAUCCGUAUGUAGAUGCAAUAAAGAGUUUAUGGAACGAUCCUGGAAUCCAGGAAUGCUAUGACAGACGACGGGAAUAUCAGUUAUCUGACUCUACCAAAUACUAUCUUAAUGACUUGGACCGCGUUGCCGACCCUGCCUACCUGCCUACGCAACAAGAUGUGCUCAGAGUUCGAGUCCCCACCACAGGGAUCAUCGAGUACCCCUUUGACUUACAAAGUGUCAUUUUCAGAAUGGUCGAUGUAGGGGGCCAAAGGUCAGAGAGAAGAAAAUGGAUACACUGCUUUGAAAAUGUCACCUCUAUCAUGUUUCUAGUAGCGCUUAGUGAAUACGAUCAAGUUCUCGUGGAGUCAGACAAUGAGAACCGAAUGGAGGAAAGCAAAGCACUCUUUAGAACAAUUAUCACGUAUCCCUGGUUCCAGAACUCCUCAGUUAUUCUGUUCUUAAACAAGAAAGACCUUCUAGAGGAGAAAAUUAUGUAUUCCCACCUAGUUGAUUACUUCCCAGAAUAUGAUGGACCCCAGCGAGAUGCCCAGGCAGCUCGAGAAUUCAUCCUGAAGAUGUUCGUGGACCUGAAUCCAGACAGUGACAAAAUCAUCUACUCCCAUUUCACAUGCGCCACAGACACCGAGAACAUCCGCUUUGUCUUUGCCGCCGUCAAAGACACCAUCCUCCAAUUGAACCUGAAGGAGUACAAUCUGGUCUAAUUGUACCUCCUUGACACUGCCCUGCCCUUCCCUUCCCUGGCGGGCUAUUGAAGCUAUACAAGAGGGACUGUAUUUCUGUGGGAAACAAUUUGCAUAGUACUAAUUUAUUGCCGUCCUGGACUCUGUGUGAGCGUGUCCACAGAGUUCGUAGUAAAUAUUAUGAUUUUAUUUAAACUAUUCAGAGGAAAAACAGGAUGCUGAAGUACAGUCCCAGCACAUUUCCUCUCUUUUUUUUAGGCAAAACCUCGUGACUCAAUGUAUUUUAAAUUCUCAGUCAUACACUCACAAAGAGCUGUUUCUUCCUCUCUCUCUCUCUCUCUCUCCCCUCUUCUUUUCUAUUGAGCAAAAUGAAGCCGAUUUUCCUUUUCCUAACCCAUCCCUUCCUCCUGAUUUUUCCCACAUUACAAUGGCCUUUAUCCUAGUUCCAUUCUUGGUCAAGUUUUUCUCUCAAGUGAUACAGUCAGGACAAUUGUCAUUCAAUUUAAGCCAUCAACAUCAGCUUAAUUUAACAGUUUGUAGUUUUUGCUGAAGGAUUAUAAGUAUUAAUACUGUGGUUUUAAAUGUAUUGCUCUGGAUACACAUGUAGAGGUUUUUUUACAUAAAUACAUCGUUUUGCCUCACUUUGGACUGGGACAGUGGAUGCCCAUCUAACGGUUAAGUGUCUUCUUUUUUCUUUUUUGGGGAUUUCUACCUUCAGCCAUAGCUCGGUUGCUCAGUGAACUGUACGGAAGUCAGUAAGGCCAGGGCCAAGACACACAGAAGUUCAUCCUUUUGAAAUGCCAUGUGCCAUUGUCCUUCCUCCUUUCCUUCCCUUUUUUUUCACCCUGCUUUCUUCAAACUGCAGAUGCCAAAAAAAAUAUGCCAAGAGACACUACAUUAUUCCAAUGGCUGCUACCCAGAUCCUUUUCAUAGGUUGCUCUUCAUUUUUUUUUCCUUCAGUUCAAACUUUUCCUCCCUUUUUUUUUUUUUCUUAGUGUUUGGGCCACAAUUUUUUAAAUGACUUUUAUUAAUGGGUAUGUGUUGCCAAAGCUGGCUUUUAAAAAAAAAUUUUUAGUAAGAACUUAAAA